AGUGCGAAAACUGCCGUGAUUUGGUUUCCCGCACGGGCCGUGAACGCGGCUCAGCGGGAGCGAGUGCGCAUGCCCGCAGCCUGAGUGAAAUAAUAGUGUAGCGUGUCUCAGAUAUGAGCUGAUUUACAGGUUAGCCGUCAACAAGCGUCGUCUCCCCGCGUGUGUCCGCCUCUGCGUGCGUCCUGCCGGGCCGUGGACGUCGGGACGAGCCGCGGAGCACCGUGCGCGAGCCAGCAGACACAACUUCCAGCUCGCGUAGAAGUGUCGGCGCGCCGCCGCAGGAAACGGACUAUGUCGGCUAAUAAAACAAAGAAAGUCAAAAUGGCUACUAAAUCUUGUCCAGAGUGCGACCAACAGAUUCCAGUUGCGUGCAAAUCCUGCCCGUGUGGGUAUGUGUUUAUUAGCAGAAAACUGCUAAAUGCCAAGUUAGAGCGCUCUCCAGCCAUAGCAGAGAUGCGGGACUUAAAACGUAGGAGGACGGAGCGCAUUCGCAGAGAGCGGAUCGACUCUCCUCUAACCAGUGACAUGGAGAACAGGAGACGAUCCCGAACCAACAGCCAGUCAGAUCCAAUCCGCAGGGGCCGGGGCAGACCAAAAACAGUGGGGCUGAAGAAACAGGAAGAGGAGAAAGAGAAACAAGAGAAGGAAGUGGAUAUUUACGCUGGUCUCUCUGAUGAGAAGGCCUUCGUGUUUUCUGUGGCCUUGGCUGAGAUCAACCGCAAGAUCCUGGGUCAGAAACUCAUAUUAUAGAUGAAACCCUGAAAAACUGAGAAACCCAGCACACAGGACCUACUGUAGUAAAUCUAUCAAAGAGGACGACCAAAGAGGACAGAACUGGAUGGAGCUAAACUUCGACGUGCUUCACUUGGAUGAUGAUGAAGACGAUGGAUUUUUUUUUUUAAAGGGAUUAAAAACAUACUGUCAUCAAUUCCUGCUAUGUGCAGUACACUGCAUGUGUUUAGUACAUAUAGGUAUAGACUCUGUCAGGUCACUUUAUUUAAGAUGAAUUUCUCCUCAUUGUGAGUGCUGAUGUUUAAAGUCAGAGACUGUGAGGUUCUGCUGAUGUAGUGAAUGACUUGAUGAGCCACAGCAGAAUGCCAUAUAUAAUUGUAUAAUGUGAUAAUAUCACAAUAUACUGUAUGUAUUAUAAACACACCAUACAACCUGAAUAGGGCGGGCUGUCUGGACUCAAACAUCAUUCUUUACAGUGUUUUAAAAUCAUCCCAUCUUAGUGUUUUUAAUUCAUUUGAAAUAAACAUAACAUCAACUUUUACUUGUCAACAGAAUGAACAGUUUUCAAGAGACCAACAGUGGAAUAUUAUUUAUACAUUAAGCAGAAAAAGAAUCUAUGAAGUAAAAUACUGAAUACUAAACUUGAUCUACAUGUAUGGCUCAUCCUAAACCUAUUGAUAAAGUUUAUUGAAAGGGCUAUGAAAGGUUUGUACUUAACAAGUAGUUCAGUGGCCAAGAGAUGCUUUAUAUUUCGCAAGAGACAUAACCACCGACUUCUGUACGCCUGCCUUAGUUUUAAGAAAAUUAUUUUGCACAAAGCAGUUUUAAAUCUACUUUUUAGUCUGGCUUGCGUUCCGGUUUAGUUUCAUCUCAGGGUAAGGGGCUUGUGGUCCAAAAUGAACAGAACACACUGUCUGGUUCUGUGAGUCAAAUCCAGUUGGGCAUAUGGAGAACUGUGAAUAAAAGGAAAGGCGAUAAAACAACUAUCUACAAUCAAGCCAACCUCAUGAUUCCAUUUGGAUUCGAAAAUCUCUAGAAGUAGGAGCCUGAUAUGACUCAGAGAAGAAAGAUAUUGGUUUUGGGAAUGGCACCAUGUUACCCACGCCACCCAGCACAUCAUAAGCAGUCUAGUCAUCUACACAGGGCUUUGAAAAAUAACUCAACUAAUAGUUUGUUUAACUUGUAAAGAGCUGAGGAUAUCCAUUUAGACCAAAUAUGUCACACCACUUAGUAACCAACUCAAUAACUGCAAGACCCACAAUUUCAUCUCAAAAAUGUUAAAAUAUAAAUUCUUGUCAAUAAUAUUAAGCCUCUACAGCAGGACGUAUUUUCACAUUUAGUCCCUGAAUGUAUCACAGGUCAUUAUUUAAUAUUUUUGUCAUGGUUUUCGUUGUAUAUAUAACAUGUAAACCACAACUUUAACUUUCUUUUGUUGAACACUUCAGUAAUAUGGUGAAUAUACUCUCACUUGGAGAUAAUGUGGUCAAUAAAGUUUUCUUAAAAGAAA